AUGUCGCUGGAAAAUGGUGGAGAUGGCUUGUUUACGAGCUUUGCAAGAAUGUUGUCAAACUGCUGCCAAAAUUGGAGAUCAUCUGUGGGUGAAGAGUGCGGGAUGCUCAGCACAAAACUGCUAGCUAAACAACCAAAAUAUCGGGGUCCUGCAAACAAGCCUGGUGUUUGUCAAAUAUGCCAUGGGAGUUUGUCUGACAGAGUUAUCUGCAGUCUGUGA